CCCGCCACCCUGAGCCCCAGCCCGGCCGUGCCCGUGAACCAGCCAAGCCCAGCUGGGCCUGUCCUGGGCCACGGGCAGAGCCAGCCUGGCUCUGGGGGGCUCGGCCAAGAGGCCCUGGGCCAGCCCUCGGGGCCAGCUGGGCAAUGCAGCCCCUCCAGGAGGGCUCGGCCAGGGCCCAGCUGGCAGACACGGGAUGGGAGGAGCCACAGGGACCCGGCCCCGCUGCUGCCCUUCGGCCCCUCCCGUGGUGUCCCCUCUGUCACGGCUCUCCCGGGCUCUGGCCCGCCGCUUUCCCCCUUCCCUGGGGGUUUGAGGCUUGCCUACUAGUGGCAUCUGCCCCCUCUGCUCUUUGCGGGACCAUCAAGGGAAACUGGGACAUGGAAACCCCAAUGUCCUGCAGAACCUCUGAGGGGCAAUUCACAGACAUGGCAGGGAACCCCAAAACCUUGCAAUGGACAUUUCUGCUGGCACUGGCAGUCGGUGGGAUUUGGGAGACACCCCGAGAGUGCUUCUACUUUGCCCAAGCUGCCACUGCCUCUGUUUACCAGCCCAUAAAAGGUCGGUAAUGACAGGGGUGAUGGCUGGGGCCGCGCUUCCAAGGUGCUGCCAGAUGCCGGGAAUUGUUCUCUGUAAGCAAAGUGAGGGAUUAGGGACAGAGCAGGGUUUAUUGGGGCUGUGGGCUGAGCUCCAGCAGCACCCUGGCUGUCACCUAAUGAUGGGCCAUGGCUGUGCCUGCAAGCGCCUCUCUCUUGUCCACUCAUGUCCACACCAAUGUCCACAAUGGGGGAAUGACAGAAUUUUCUUGCGUCCCCUCAAUUUAUGAAGCUUCUCAGCGUGAAUUCCAAAUUACUGGGGGGGAUCUGCCCGCACCCCCCUUCCUGAAGCCCCAGGCUCUCUGGGGUGUAUAAAAGGGCUGAGCUCCUUCCACAGCUCCAUCCACACUCCAGCACUUGACUCCUCUCAUCACUCGGGUAAGUGCAGCUCUGUGAAGCCUCUUGAGGAUCUCUCUCAACACCACUCCAGCCUCACACCUUUGCCUCUUUCCCGGGGUGUUUUCCAGAAGCCUCUACCAGUCUCCAGGAUGUCCUGCUGUGUCCCCAGCUGCGGCGUGGCCUCCCCGGCCCCUCUGGCUGACACCUGCAACCAGCCCUGCGUGCGGCAGUGCCCCGACUCCACGGUGGUCAUCCAGCCCCCGGCCUCGGUGGUCACCUUCCCCGGGCCCAUCCUCAGCUCCUUCCCGCAGCAGAGCGCCGUGGGCUCGGCCGGAGCUCCCUACGUCGGAGGCGGCUUCGGCGGCUCCUCCGGACGCCGUGCGGGCUCCGGCGGCUCCGGGGGCUUUGGGGGCUAUGGAGGUUUUGGGGGAUUCGGAGGUUUUGGAGGCAGCUGCGGCGUCCCCAGAGGCUGCGGGCCCUGCUAAGCCCCAGCCCGAGCGCGCCCCCCGAGCCGGGAGAGCUCCAGGAACGCGCCCGGCCCAUCCCCGCUCGCCAAGGCCCGAUGGAAGAACAGACCGGCAGACAUCCCCCGGCCCCGCUCCGCCGCCUUCCUGCCGCGCUUGGAGCCCCGCAGCGAUCGCUGACCGCUCCUGGCAAGA